AUGAUAUGGAGGGGAUUGGAACGCCUGAAUCACAUGAUAUGGAGGGGAUUGGAACGCCUGAAUCACAUGAUAUGGAGGGGAUUGGAACGCCUGAAUCACAUGCUAUGGAGGGGAUUGGAACGCCUGAAUCACAUGCUAUGGAGGGGAUUGGAACGCCUGAAUCACAUGAUAUGGAGGGGAUUGGAACGCCUGAAUCACAUGCUAUGGAGGGGAUUGGAACGCCUGAAUCACAUGCUAUGGAGGGGAUUGGAACGCCUGAAUCACAUGCUAUGGAGGGGAUUGGAACGCCUGAAUCACAUGCUAUGGAGGGGAUUGGAACGCCUGAAUCACAUGCUAUGGAGGGGAUUGGAACGCCUGAAUCACAUGAUAUGGAGGGGAUUGGAACGCCUGAAUCACAUGAUAUGGAGGGGAUUGGAACGCCUGAAUCACAUGAUUUGGAAGGGGCGUGUAUAUUAU